GGCGGCGCUGCGCCAAUGGGCGGCGAGCGAGAGCGCGGGGAAGCCGGCCGUCGGCGACCGAUGUUCGCCAUGGCGGACGGAACGGCCUCCCGCGUCCGGUACAACGAGCGCCUGAUCGCCGAAGUGGAGCAGCGUCCCUCGCUCUGGGACAGCCGCAGCCCCAAGAACAGGAACGUGGUGACCAAGAACGCCGACUGGAGGCGGGUGGCGGCGGCCCUCAACAGUUCAGGUAAAGAGGUACAGAGACGCUGGAAAAACCUGCGUGACACGUUCCUGCGUCGGCUGCGAGACUCGGAACUGCCCCCGACCUCCAGAGACAGGGCAGCCUGCGUGCGAUGGGCCUACUUCCACCAGAUGAUGUUCCUCAAGGACGUCCUCGAUAUACGCCCGACCGCUUCCAGCGGCUAUGUUCCAAACCGCCCGAGGGCGGCAAGGACGGGCGCGGUGCCGCGGCCGGCCCUGGGGGACUCGUGGGACGUGGCCAUCAGCACGGACGCAGAGGAGCCCAUCUGCGAGACGAUCAUUGAGGUGUCCAACGAACCCCCGGCUGCGCCUUACGACGCCCCGUCGCCGACCGACCGGGUAGACCUGGACGAGCGCAUGACCUGCGAGGUCCAGGUGGCACAAAGACCGAGCCCGAGCCCGAGCCCCAGCCCGGCGGCCUCCUCGACGGCCGAGGAACUGCCGCCGAAGCGCCGGAGGCUGGACGACUGGGACCACUUCCUCGUGUCGCUCAAGAGGCACCUGCGAUGCACCCCCGACCACCUGGUGGGCAGCGCCCAGAUGCACUUGCUCCAGAUGGCGGCCACCUACGGCGCCGGCAGGACGCCGCAAGCUCUGAUGCCGCUCGAUUUGUAGCAGCUUGUCCGUUCUUGCAGACGACCGAACUGAUUGCCUCCUCGCAUUUGUUGGUGUGUCUCACAAAGUCGUUUGUCAUCAUUUCUUUGUUCAGAGCGCCUGCUCUUGGCUGGUGUGUGCGGACAACCGAACUGUGUGCCACACAUCUGUGCAUUUGUCUUACAAUCAUCUGUCUUUUUUUGUUUUUUUGCACGUUUAUUUUUGGGUGCUGUGCGCAGACAGCCUGUGUGCCACGCGUUUGUUUAUUUGCCUUACAGAACCACUUGCCAUCAUUUGUUCUUUUUGUUCAGCCUCUUUGCUCCCACGCAUUGUUCAUUUGUCUUACGAAGCCGUGUGUCGUCAUUCUUCGUUUCAUCUUUAUAUGAAUCUGGACUGUUCAUCGUGAGAAGGGAACUCAAGCGGAAGUGAUCCCUCGUGUUUUAGUCGUCGUAUAGUCGUGUAUGUUUUGGCGGCUUUGCGCUGUGUCUAGCGCAGACAUUGAAGGCACAUCAGUGUUCGUGAUUCGUGCGCUGGAAAGAAAGUCCUGAACUGCAGGACACCGCGGUGAACCGUUUGAGGCUGAAAUAAAAGUGUUCAGCGUA